AUGACCACGCUCAAGGUCGAACGGGUCGCCAACCCCGAGUACAAGCCCCAGCCGUACUCCGUCACAGGCUACAGCACCUUCCGCUCGUUCUACCCUUACUACUUGGGCGAACACAGCAACAAGAUCUGCCGACGCCUUCACCUAAUCGGCACUACCAUCGCCCUCGGCACCUUCACCCGCGCUCUGCUCGCCGCCGCCCCUCUCCUCGCCAAAGACCCGAAAGGGCGCCUCGACGCCCUCCGUUUCGGCGGCGAAGGGUGGAAGUCGAUCGGGGAGUUGCUGCUCGGCGGGUUUGUGCAGGGGGUCGGCCACUUCUUCUUCGAACUUAACAAGCCCGCAACCUUCAAGCACCCCUUCUUCAGCUUCAUGGGCGACCUCAGGCUCUGGUGGGAGGUCAUGACGUUGCAGAGGAGGCCGUGA